CCGAGCCUGGGCCCCCCGUCUGUCUGUCUGUCUGGCCGGCGCGGCCCCGGGGAGCACCUGAGACACCCCCGGGACCACUCUCCGGACAAGUUCACAGCCAUGAGCAAGUUGGGCAAGUUCUUUAAAGGGGGCGGCUCUUCUAAGAGCCGAGCUACUGCCAGCCCCCAGGAGGCCCUGGCCCGACUUCGGGAGACCGAGGAGAUGCUGGGCAAGAAGCAGGAGUACCUGGAAAACCGCAUCCAGAGAGAGCUCACCCUGGCCAAGAGGCACGGCACGCAGAACAAGCGAGCUGCAUUGCAGGCGCUAAAGAGAAAGAAGAGGUUUGAGAAGCAGCUAACUCAGAUUGAUGGCACCCUGUCCACCAUUGAGUUCCAGAGAGAAGCCCUGGAAAACUCACACACCAACACCGAGGUGCUGAGGAACAUGGGCUUUGCGGCAAAAGCCAUGAAAGCGGUGCAUGAGAACAUGGACCUGAACAAAAUAGACGAUUUGAUGCAAGACAUCACAGAACAACAGGACAUCGCCCAGGAAAUCUCAGAAGCCUUUUCUCAACGGGUUGGAUUUGGUGACGGCUUUGAUGAGGAUGAGUUGCUGGCAGAACUUGAAGAACUGGAGCAGGAGGAAUUAAAUAAGAAGAUGACAAAUAUUCAACUUCCAAAUGUGCCCUCUACCUCCCUCCCAGCGCAGCCGCCCAGACUGCCAGGCCUGUCCUCCACUGCACAUCGAUCCCGGGCAGCAUCUUCCAGGAGGACGGAAGAGGACGAUGAUGAUAUCAAACACUUGGCAGCUUGGGCUACUUAAACACAGUUUUUUUCCCUCACAUCUACAUUAAUGAGUUCUAUAUAGGACGCAUAACCGAAUGGCCAGGUUUAGAAGUUAACAAAGAUGCUGUGGGAUAUUCACACUGGAUCGAGUCGGGUGUAGACAUCGAUUCAGAGGUGGCGGGAGAAGGAAAGCUCCAUCCAUGCUGAGGCCACAGCCCUGUCUACCUUGUUCAUGGCUGUAGUUCCAGUCUCGGUAAUCACACAUACCCUGUGUAUACAAAUGUAUAUCUUGGCACUCACUACGACGAGGGGGCUUCAAAAGACUCAGAAAAAUUGGAAUUUAAAGGGAAUAGAAAAUUGCCACGAUCUUUUUGAAGCCCCCCCCUCCUCCCCGGCUAUUUAUUGAAAGACACAGAUGUCUUCAAACAGUUUAUAAGUCACUCAAGAGUGAGACCUUCAGGAUUGUGGGCCUCCUUUUUGAAGUGGAUGCCGAUUUGCAGUGCUUACCCAUUUCAGGAGAGAUGUAGCCCACAGUCAAUGCAAACACCCGGUUUCUUUUAGGAGAGCCUUCGUGUAGAAUAGCCUUGUGUGAACCUAUACAUAACUAGUUUCACUUAAGUUUUCGCAGUUUACAAUCUUAAAGGAGUCUAAUUGACAUUUAUUAUGCCAAUUAAGCCUGAAAUGGGGCCAUGAAAGCAUUCCCCAAAUGUCUGAGAGCACUAACAGCUUCCACUGCCAAGAGAGCCUCUCCUGGGUGUGAUCAGCCGCUCCGGAACCGCGCUCGCACGCCCAGGCCAUUGCCGUGCUGUGACGGCUCCAGCGCCCUGAAUGUGUGUGUGCCUUCUUUUCUGCUUUGCGACCGCUUGUACAUUUAUUUACACGUCACAGAAUAUUCCUUGUAAUUAUAUAAACACAUAGGCAAUUAAAAGUGUAUGUUGAAUGAA